CCAAAGGUACUCGUAGUCAUGGCGGCCGACAGGAGUUCGAAAAAAAGGGCGCGGCCUGAGGCAAUCUCUCCCAAUGGCAGUGACGACCAGACGCUGACGACGGCGAACAUGCCCAUCCGCACCUCCAAAGACGCCGCCCUCGAUCAACUCGGUCUCGUGGACUUUCUCCAACACGAUACACGCCCGACGUGUAUCGUCGACACAACGGCAGGCUACAUCGCCUAUCGCAAUCCCGCCCUCGAACGACUGCUCGCCGGUGCCUGGAACCUACAACACUUUCGCGACUGGGCCACGACCCUAAGCCCACACCCGCAGGCCGCAAGCUUUGGAGGAAGAGUAUGGAACUGCAUACUACAAGACCACAGAUGGCUCAUCGCUAGCGCCCAAGAUGAGGCGCCUGUCGCUGUCGCCCCGAACGUCACCGUACGUGGCCCACCAAUACCGCGCACCACAUCGCAGAACAGCAGCAAUACAGGCACAUCAUCGUCCGACUCACGACGCCAGUCCGUCGCAUCUUCGUCAUGGCGCACCGUGUCGGAUGAAGGCGGUCAGCGCUACCUCGACUGGACUCGCGCUCCGUCUUCCUCCAUGUCGGCCCACAUGCAUUUGGUUCGCAACUUUCCCUGGCAGGACACGACCAUCGGCAGCAUUCAGUCCUGGCCCGAUGCCCUCCGACAGGCCGUCCUCUCUGCCAUGGCCAACCCGGACCCACGUCUGCUGCUCUGGNGAGACGACCUCAUCAUGAUCUACAAUGAGGCCUGCAUCUCCAUGUUCGGCGAGCGUCAUCCCCGUGCCCUGGGUUCCAAAGCCGAAGACACAUGGUCAGACAUCUGGGGUGACAUGUACCACUUGAUCAAAUACGUUCAGGUCGAAGGAAGGGGCACCCGUCUGAACAAGCUACCCCUCGUCAUGGAUCGCAAUGGAUACUCUGAGGAUACCUUCUGGUCUUUUAAUCUGAUUCCAGUCGUCGGUGCUCAUGGUUCCACAAUCGGCGUCAUCGACGAGUUCUCCGAAGUCACGGAACAGGUCGUUAGCGACCGCCGCAGAGAUGCCAUUGUCAAGACUAACAGGGCCAUUGCCAAAGUCAACAGCGUCAAGGAGCUCUGGUUCGAAUUCCUCGAGGGUCUCGAGCCUUGCAAGGACGACAUUCCCUACGCUCUUCUCCACACAAACCACGUUGCUGCCAACAAUUCUUCUAUGCCCGACAGUGUCUCGGCCUCUUCUGGCUCAAGUCCACAGCGCUACGCCCUCGAAGGUUCCAUUGGCCUCGCUGCAGGUCAUCCCGCCGUACCUUUGACAUUUGAUCUUGCCGACUGCGCCCAUGACCAGAACCCUCUUGCUCGUGCCUGCUACAAGGCCUGGAAGACUGAAGAUGUUGUUGUCCUGCAGCUCAGAGACGGUAGUCUGCCUCAAGUCCUCAAUCAAGGUGUCCCUGGCCGAGCCUCGGGCGACAAGGUGCAAACCGUUUGUGUUAUUCCUCUACCAGACAUGUCUGGCGGCCAGACGAUGGCUUUCUUGACUUUGGCAAUGACUCCACGAAUGUACGCCAUUACUCCAGACGCGCGUACCACUUUCCACAACCAAGCCUAUCUCGAUAUCACUGGCAUCACCGAGCAGUCCAUCGAAGCUCAGACCGACCCCUUGGAGUACCUUCACCUUGACGAUCGUGAAAGGGUCAUGAACGCCUGGGUUCAGUGUCUCGAAGAGAAACAGUCAUUUACCAUUGAAUACCGUGUAAGCCGGCCGUGGUCCUUUACUGACCCAAUCUCGGGAGAAACCUUGCACGGCGAUACUUGGGUCUUGGCUACUGCAGCACCAGAAGUCGAUGAAGAUGGUAAUGUCGUCCACAUCCAAGGCUGGUUACUUGAUGUCAGCGACCGCAAAUAUCAUGAGAAGUCUCGCAUUGAGCAAAUCGAGAUCGAACAGUCAGAAACCAGAUUCGCCCGCCUGGCGGCAGAUGCACCUUUGGGCAUGUAUCUUUUGAAGCCUAAUGGCGAGCCAUUAUAUCUUAACGAAGCAUACUUCAAAAUACUUGGCUUCACCAGAGAAGAGUUUGAGGAUGCUCAGCGACGCGGAUUAGGCUGGGGUGACAGGAUCCACGAUGACGACCAAGCCAAGGUGGGCGAGGCAUGGCUGGCCCUGGCUCAACAGGGCAUCCCACUAAACCUGGAAUAUCGCAUCAAGAAAGACUGGAAGUACAUGGACGAAGCUAGUGGCCUCGAGAUGACGGGUGAGACUUGGCUACAAGGUACAGCCAUAGCCGAGAUUGGCAUUGAUGGUUCAGUGGUCGCGAUACAAGGUUUCGUCACAGAAAUAUCAAUGAAGAAAGCUUCGGAACGUCUGCUCAGCGAAAGACUGGAAGAUGCUCUCGAACACAAGCGUCAAGCCGAUCGGUUCAUUGACAUGACCAGUCAUGAGAUGCGCAACCCUCUUUCAGCUAUUCUACAAUCCGCGGACGGUAUCCUGACGACACUCGAGAAUAACAAUCGUUUGGGCAUAUCAACUGGAUCAACAACUCUUAGCGGUGAUGUCUUGGAAACUGUGUUGGACUCGGCUCAAACCAUCAUCCUCUGCGCUCAACAUCAAGGUCGUAUUGUGGACGACAUUCUGACGUUGAGCAAGCUCGACUCGAACCUGCUUGUGGUAUCACCAGACACAGUGGACAUGCCAGGCUUGAUGGAGAAAUGCUUCAAGAUGCAUGAAGCAGAACUCGUCAGAGCCAAGAUCAGCAUCAGCCUUCGCGUACAUGCGGGUUUCCGCAAUCUGGCUGUUGGUAAAGUCAUGCUUGACUCCAGUCGCUUGUUGCAGGUCAUCAUCAAUCUUCUCACCAACGCCAUCAAAUUCACACAGUUUGCCAGCCGCAAGCAAAUCACAGUACACUUGGACGCUUCCUUGACCCGACCGAGAGAGGGAAUGUAUGGAGCUCCUUAUGUUCCCUUCCGUGUCAACAGACCUGAACACCACUUUACCGCAGAAUGGGGAACUGGCGAUGAGAUCUUCUUGUCGUUGUCAGUCCAAGACAGUGGAAAGGGCAUGAAUGACGAAGAGCUGAAGUUGCUUUUCAAUCGCUUCUCACAGGCCAGUCCCAAGACUUACAAGCAAUAUGGAGGCAGCGGUCUCGGUCUAUUCAUCUCCAGAGAGCUUACCGAUCUUCAAGAUGGUCAGAUUGGCGUGCACAGCGAGCCUGACAAAGGCAGUACAUUCAGCUUCUAUAUCAAAGCUAGAAGAGCGGUCGACGAUGACGAAACCGUUGGGGAAGGUUUACUGACCACUCCAACACUUAAUACACCUGUCACAUAUACCCGCGAUCCUGCUUCUUCCAACACCUUGCAAGCCAGCAACGAUGCUCAGACACACGACAAGACACAUAAUGUCAUCCGCAAAAUGUCUGCUGUAGCAAGCGACCUUACCGAGGAGAAACUACAUCUUCAUGUACUUGUGGUAGAGGACAACAUCAUUAACCAACGGGUAGGUCCUGCCGAACGCCAUUGUCAUACUUUUACUAACUCAUAUUUCACAGNNGUCAUGUCUCAACAACUCCGCCGAUUAGGAUGUACAGUACACCUCGCAAAUCACGGUCUUGAAGCCCUUGAGUUCCUUCGUAAGACCUCCUUCUGGGCGUCCCACCCCGCAUCGACGCAGAAACAUGAGGGAGCACCAAGUCCGAAGACAAUGCCGCAUUCAAACAUCAUCCCUCUCUCCGUCGUCCUCAUGGAUCUGGAGAUGCCCGUUCUCGGCGGUCUCGAAACGGUCAAAAGAAUAAGAAGUCUUCAAAGUGAAGGCAGUAUUAUCGGGCACGUUCCCGUCAUUGCAGUCACAGCGAAUGCGAGAAGCGAACAGAUUGCCGUUGCCAUUGAUCAUGGUAUGGACAGCGUCGUAACAAAACCUUUCAGGAUCCCGGAACUGGUGCCCCAGAUGGAGGGUCUGGUCAAGAGAGUAGAGCAAGGAAGGACCGGCAGAAAGUCUGUCGUGAAGGAUGGAAAGUCUUCUGUUGUAUGA